UGGCCGUUCGCUGCGGCCAUUUCCUAUGGAGACACAGUUCCUGGAGAGCCUUAACCGAGUGUCUCCUGCGAAACGCCCAGCGUCCGAGUGUGAGGUACAUAUGGAAGGCGGGUCGAGUCGCAAACGACCCCGUCGCGGUUCUCGUGAUAAGUUGGAAGACUCGUUCGCUGUAGACAAGUCCGACUCUGAUUCAGACCUCGACAAUAUGUUCUUGGACCCCUCUGUCGAUCCUAAGACCCUAUGUCCCUGGUGUGAUGAACGUCUUCCUUCCACUCCCACUCCGUACCUUGUUUCGCUCAUGGAGGGUGCGCGCCGUCGAUCAUAUACCGACAACCGCCCAACGAACCCGCUCGGUCUACGUGCCCCGCCCGCGGUCUUCGUCAGUAUAUGCCAACGACAUCGCUUUGAGCGUGUGUGGAUACCCCGCGCACGCAAGCGGAAUUGGCCGACGCACAUCGACUGGGGAAAGCUUCGGGGACGCAUCGAACGGCUGAAAGAUAGACUGGAGGCGAUCGUUGGCGAUGUCGACGAGGAUUUCGCGCCCGCCAUGAAAGUUGAUGUGAAAGGGAAGGAGAAGGCACGACGACCGCGGAAGGAGAACGAGUUUUGGCAGGAGGUCGUGAAGAACGUGCGGGAGCAAGGUUCCCGGCAGACCACGGGCGUACGCGGGCAGUUCCUGCACUUCAACAAGACGCAGCCGGGAUACUACGGCGAGCUCGGGUUCGUGAUUAUCCACCAGACGUUAUGCGACCUCUUCCCGCCGGCGUCGUUCGACCCUGCAGCCGCGCUCCCGCUCACGCCCGCAGAUUUCAUCGGGCACGUCCUCGUCCCUGAGGCCGCUGUGAACCUCAUCACGGAGGACCUCGGACUCUCCCGCGCCGACGCGAUCACGACGCUCCGCGAGAGCGUCGAGUACGGGGUGGCCAUGUUCCCCGCGGACGAGGGCGAAGGCGGG